CGGCUGCGCAUUAAACCCCGCCCCUCUCUCUGCAGAAAGAACGAACAUGGAGACAGCUGGAAAAGUGAUCAAGUGCAAGGCAGCUGUUGCCUGGGAACCAGGAAAGCCCCUCUCCAUUGAGGAGGUGGAGGUAGCCCCACCUAAGGCCCACGAAGUUCGCAUCAAGGUUUUUGCCACAGGCGUGUGUCACACAGAUGCCUACACCCUYAGUGGCAGUGAUCCUGAGGGACUCUUCCCUGUCGUCCUGGGACAUGAGGGUGCUGGAACARUUGAGAGCGUGGGCGAAGGUGUCACUAAAUUCAAGCCAGGCGAUACUGUCAUCCCUUUGUAUGUGCCUCAGUGUGGGGAAUGCAAAUUCUGCAAAAACCCCAAGACCAACCUCUGCCAGAAAAUUAGAGUAACUCAGGGUCAGGGCCUGCUCCCUGACAAGACGUCRCGCUUCACCUGCAAGGGAAAGCAAGUGUUCCACUUCAUGGGGACCAGCACCUUUUCAGAGUACACUGUGGUGGCUGACAUCUCACUGGCCAAGGUUAAUGAGAAAGCGCCACUGGAUAAAGUGUGCCUUCUUGGAUGUGGUAUUUCGACAGGUUAUGGYGCUGCUCUCAACACCGCCAAGGUUGAGCCUGGUUCCACGUGUGCCGUGUUUGGACUCGGAGCGGUCGGYCUGGCUGUCGUAAUGGGCUGCAAGGCCGCUGGAGCGACCAGGAUCAUUGGUGUGGAAAUCAACCCCGACAAGUUUGAGAAAGCCAAGGAGUUUGGAGCUACUGAGUUUGUGAACCCGAAGGACCACAGCAAGCCCAUCCAGGAGGUUCUGGUGGAGAUGACCGAUGGGGGUGUGGACUACUCAUUUGAGUGCAUUGGAAAUGUGAACAUCAUGAGAGCUGCUCUGGAGGCUUGCCAUAAAGGUUGGGGUGAAAGUGUCAUCAUCGGUGUUGCUGGUGCAGGGCAGGAGAUCUCCACCAGACCGUUUCAGUUGGUGACAGGGCGAGUGUGGAGGGGCACAGCAUUUGGAGGUUGGAAGAGUGUGGAGAGCGUUCCUAAACUGGUGGAGGACUACAUGAAUAAAAAGCUGAAGGUGGAUGAGUUUGUGACCCACACUCUCCCGUUCGAGAAGAUUAAUGAGGCUUUUGACCUCAUGCACGGUGGAAAAAGUAUUCGCACUGUGCUGACUUUCUGAGUUGUCUGAAACAUCGGUCACAUCUGGCCUUUCAACGGUUUCCUUCCAUAGAUCCUUCACUUAUUUUUCUGCAUUUACUUUGAUAGCCUAGCUUUCAGUGUUUAGGGAAGAAAAAAAGAAAUUAAAACCAAAAAUAAAAAUAAAAAUCUGCUUUUCUGUG